UGUUGAAAUCAUAUUUAUUUUAUCAUUACGAAGAAAUUCAUCGGAAAUUUGUAGACGAUUCGGGUUUUGUCAUCAAAAACGCAUAAGUGCGAUCAAAUAUUUUUUAUAUAAACAUAAUUUAAAAUUUAAAUAGUUUAAAACAAUUUUAUUAAGAAUUUUUAGUGCAAAUGUAUAAUACAAUUUAAAGAUAUCUGAAAUUAAUUCAAGUCCUGUUAGUUGUCGCCAUUUUUCUUGUGUCCUAUUACUGGGAUUGGAAACGCAAACUAAAUUGAAUACAAUUUUAUUAGAAACAAAAUUUUGUAUAAAGAGUGGUGAAAUCAAAGGAAAUUAAUUACAAAAAAUAACAAAUAACUUUGGCAGACAAUGGCCAAAACAUAUGAUUAUUUAUUUAAAUUGCUCUUAAUUGGUGAUUCUGGCGUUGGAAAAACAUGUAUCUUGUUUAGAUUUUCAGAGGAUGCCUAUAAUACAACUUUUAUAUCUACAAUUGGUAUUGACUUUAAAAUACGGACUAUUGAAUUAGAUGGUAAAAAAAUUAAAUUACAAAUAUGGGAUACGGCUGGUCAAGAAAGAUUUCGAACUAUAACGACCGCAUACUACAGAGGUGCAAUGGGUAUAAUGCUCGUGUACGAUAUAACGCAGGAGAAGUCCUUCGAAAACAUAAAAAAUUGGAUAAGAAAUAUUGAGGAAAAUGCCUCUGCCGAUGUUGAAAAAAUGCUGUUAGGAAAUAAAUGUGAAUUAAAUGAAAAACGACAGGUGUCUAGAGAGCGAGGUGAACAAUUGGCUAUUGAAUAUGGUAUAAAAUUUAUGGAAACGUCCGCUAAAGCUAGUAUUAAUGUUGAAGAAGCUUUCCUAACAUUAGCAAGUGAUAUUAAAGCAAAAAUGGAAAAACGAAUGGAAGCGAAUAAUCCACCAAAAGGAGGCCAUCAACUCAAAUUUUCCGAACCAAGAAAAACAGACAGUUGGUUGUCAAAGUGCAGUCUGCUUUGACGAGGUAAUAACAAUUGUAGUUUUUUAUCCUCUUGUUAAACAAAACAAGACUUAACAAAUAUGUAAUAUUUUAAACUAUAAUAUAUAUGUAAUAAUCAUAAAGUAAAUGUUUAACUAAAGAAUGCGCGAUUAAUAUUUAGUGAUCCAAUUAUCCCGAUGUCCGUACAUAUUUUAACGAAAAUAAUAUUUAAAUAUUACGAAAUUUAUUGCAAGCCAUUUCAAAUGGUAAACAUGUUCAAUAUGCUGAAAUGAAUCAAGACUAGAAAACGUUUGUUCAUUUUUAAACAGAAAAAAUCAAGAAAUGUAUCUCUGUUUACUAAAAAUGUGAUUAUUUAUUGUAUUUUUUAAUUGUAUAUUAAAGGAAAAGAAAUUUAUAUAAAACUCCCUCAUUUUUGCCAUUAAAUUUAAUCUAUUUAUUUUAUUUUAAAUAUAUAUUUUAUAUAUAUUUUUACGGUUUUUUAAAUCCAUUACAAAUGAAUGACAAGAUUUAGCGGACUUACGCUACUGAAAACAUUGAGAUUAAAUAAAUUUAUAAUACUUUAAUAUAUUAUUUGUAAACUUUACGCACAAUCAAAAAAAUGAUAUAUACAUAUAUAUUGAAAUAGUUUUUUGCAAUAUAUAACAUUUCUCGAGUAUUUUCAAAUAUUUAAUUAAGCAUUUUUAGCCAACGUUAUUGGUUGUGUAUAAGUUUACCUAAUAUGCUUAAUUUGAAAUUUGAUACUAAAAUUUAUAUUUUAAAAUAAAUCAAUGAUAUAACUGAAUAAACUAAUGCAACUAUAACAUCAUAUAAUCGCGACUAUACAGAAGUUCAUUAAAAUAUUACAAUGUCCACGAAAAAAAAACACGAAUAAGAUUUUUUUUAAUAAAUACCUAUAUACUUAAAUUAAUAAAUAUAAAUAUGUAAAACUAGUAAUUUGAUAUUAAAUAAUAAUAGUAAUAUUGUACUUGUAAUAAUUUAACGUAUUAUACAUUUUUAUAUAUAAAAAAAAUGUUUGUGUUUUAAUGGCAGUGAUGAUGGUUUAAACAAGAUGGUGUAAUUGAAUAAAUAUUGGUUUAAGCUAUUUAUAUAGAUAUACAUAUAUAUAUAUAUACAAUAAUAUUCGAUUUAUAACACAAAUACAUAUGACUUGGUGCAUAUAAAGCAAAA